GUGUUUCGUGCACUAUGUGCACCGGUGAAAACCCGCAUGGAAAUGUGCCAUUGCGUUCGUUCAGGCAAAAUAUCGAUUAUACAAAUUUGCUCUUGGUAAACAUUUCACCGAAAACACGACUUUUCCCUGCGUUGUCAGAGGUUCAGUGCAAAGUGCACGUCGUAUUCUUACCUAGCCACUAGUUAGUUAAAGUUUUCUUGUCCUUCAAGGCACAUUUAGUGCUAUUAUUUGAAUGGAAAGACAACAAGCGCGCAAUGGCCGUCCCACCGUCGGAAGCAUCGGGAAAUACUGACGACGACUGGAAAAUCUUCGAAGUGUUAAACCAACCAGUCAACAUCGAGAUGGAAACAGGUGACGUCGACGUGACAACGUCCCUUCGCGCUGAAGUGGCCGCGCUGCAAUUCAAACGCGAUCGUCUCUCUGAAGAACUUAACGAUUCAAAAACACAAAUGAGAAUAAGAGAACAGCGAUGUAUCGACUUGCAAGCCGAAGCGGACAAUCUGCGGGAACAAGCAGCAAGGCAACACGCCGUUAUCGCGUCGUUCAAACAAAGAAUAACCGAAUUAGAAGAACGCGAACGAAGCAACUAUGCCACCCAAGGGAGGAACGAGAUUGCCAUGCAAAGUUUACAUCGAGAUGCAAGAUACGCCGAGGAAAGAGUCAAAGAAUUAGAGAAAAAGUUAAGGACUACCGAGAAUCAACUAUGUAGUGAAGAACAAAAGAAAGAAAAUGCACGUCAGGGGUUAAAUGAUCUUGUAAGACGUUUGGCGGUUGCCCUAGGGGUGGAUUUUUGUGAUGCUAGCCAUGUUUCCACAGAGAGUUUAAUACACAAAGCGGCAGAAUUAGUUCAGGAAACAAGUCGGUUAAGAACAAGAACAUCUACAACUAGUGAUAAUUUAGCAUCAUUAGAAAUUGAACUACGAUCGGUAAAAGAUACCCUUGAACGAUGUUUAGUAGAUAAAGAUGCAUUGCAACGUCAAUCCGCAUCACAACUUGUUGAAAUUGAACAUUUACGCCAAGAGAAAGAAUCAACCGAGAUGCAAUUACGAGUUUCAGAAAGAGAACUUUUAGAUUGCAAGGAUAAACUUAAUUCUUCAACUAGAACUUUAGGAAAUAUUACAGGAAAUGUUGCUGCGCAGGAUUCAGAAAUAAUUCAUCUUAAAGAGGAAUUAAAGGGUCGUGAUGAUAGAGUUGCUCGUCUUCAACAUGAUUAUCGUCAUAUGUUGGAAUCCUUAUCGAUUUUAUUAAGUUCACCGUCGCGGUUUAUCGAAGGACUUGAAACAUGCAUCAAAGAUAGAAUCAGAGAGUUAAUCGCGGAUAGUAAAGAAAAAUCAGCUCAAAUUGAAUCUUUAAGAGACAAAUUAACUCAUGAGUCCCAAGCACUGACCAGACAACUCUCCCUGUGUGAUCAAGCAACAACUAAAUUACGUCUACUGGAAGAAGAGAAAGUUUUGUUGGAGUCAAGGAUCCACAAAACCGAUGUGGAAAUAAACGCAUGUGAAGCCUCUCGAGAAGGACUUAAGCGUGAUAAAAACACCUUUAUGACGUUUUUGGAGCGACUAGCGAGAGCAAUGAACAUGGAUGAAAUUUCACACGACAUUGGCGUUGAAUUGCACACAGAAUCUCUACUUUUGAGAGCGGAACAAUUAGCGCGCUCUGAAGGUGACAAACUGGUUGAUAAGCUGCUUUGCUGCAGUGGUUAUCAUGGUAACUUGCCGCGUCUUUGUCGUCAGCGUUCAUUUCACGAUUUGCGCGACACUGCGUUAGUUUACCAACUUCAAAGGAAAGUCCGAACUCUUCGAGAACAAAUCUCAAGAAAAGAGCUGCAUUUAGAUUUGUUAAGAAGAAAAUUAUCUUUGCAAGAAGAUAACGCUAAGACAAAAUGUAUACUGCAAACGGAACGUGAUGAGGCUAAUUGCCGCACUAAAAAGUUAUCGAAACAAGCGGAUCGUCUCCAAUUACAACUUUCUGAUGCGAAAGCACAAAUUCGGGAUUUAAAUGCACAGUUAGCUGAAGCAGCUGAUUAUAAAAUUACUGCAUUAGAGCGUGGAAGAAAAAUAGAAGAACUACAAAAACGUCUAAUUGAAUCCGAAUCUCUGCGAACUCGUUACAAUCGUAAGGUAACUCUACUCAAAGACCAAGUCCGAACCACAGGUGAUACCAUCGAUCAAGAACGUCACCUGAGCGACCAAUCAAUACAAUUGUUACGCGAUGAACUCGCCCGUCUCAAAGAGCAGUACUGCGAGGUGAAUCGCCGCGAAGCCCAACUCAUCAACUUCCGCGCAUCUGUUGCGAAAAUCCUCGGCAUUGUCCUCCCACUGCCCGAUUACGAAGUGAUCAAUAGACUCCAGAAGCUUGUAGAUGCACAUCAUGACUUUACGCUGGUUUCGAGGCGAUAUGACGACCCAGUGUUGCGGUUGACAGCGCGAAGUCCCACUGGUGGUAGUAGGUGUACUCGCACACCGGAUCGAAGCCGAUACGACGAUUCCGGUUAUACAGAUCCGGUGGACAUCGACGAUAUCGAUGAUGAACUGUUUGCGAAACGUCAGAGUCGAACCGGACUUUAAACGCGCCACGAAAACAAAACAGUUAUAAUGCACAGCAGUGAAAAGAAAUGGAAACUACGUUGUUGGAUGAACAGUUGAAUUGACCACGAGUCGAUCAAUCGAUCAGUGCAUAAAAAACCGGCUUGGUUACAUUAAAACCGUUACGAAGCACAUGCCAACAAGCGACUAAAUGCAGUUUCAGGAGCAAACGACGCAACAAGUCGCACUCAACUGCCAACAUGAUACUCACAUUUAUCGAUUCAUCCACAUUUAAAUUACUUGUAAUAAUCAUAGACCUAUCAAACAUCAAUCAAUUCCGAGCACUUUGAUUCAUCAAAAAUUAUUGUCUACUAAAUGUGUUCAUUAGAUACUGUUGAAAUAAAUAUGAAUGAUAGCUGAAACGUGCGUUCAAUUCCAUGAAAUUCAAGUCAACCAAAAACAGAAUACAAUGCAAUGUAAUCGGUGGAAGUGUAGGUGACGCAAAUUGAACU